UGUAGCGGAGGCAGGCUGCGGAGUUGGAAGAUGAGAGCGGCGCCGAGCGUGCGAGCGGACUGCAUCUUAUCCCGGCCCGCCAGGUAGCUCGCGCUGCCUCAGCCAUGUAGCGUUGCGAUGGAAGACGAUGUUAUAAUUAGAACACAGCUCUUUCACAACCAAGUUCGCGAAUGCAUCAUCUGCGCGCUGCUAUUCACCACCCUGUACAUCCUCUCCUACCUGGUCAUCACUCGGUUUAAAAAGAAUGCAGAGUUUGCAACAGACAAUAUCGAGGACGCCACAGUCAAUCGCAUCACGCUUUGGAUGUGCACGUUCACCCUGGCUGUGUCGGCUGGUGCUGUCUUCCUCCUGCCAUUUUCCAUUAUUAGCAAUGAGAUCCUACUUUCAUUGCCGGAAAACUAUUACAUGCAGUGGUUGAACGGUUCACUUCUUCAUGGCCUGUGGAACCUUGUUUUCCUCUUCUCCAACAUCUCUCUGGUGUUCCUGAUGCCUUUUGCGUACUUCUUCACUGAGUCUGAAGGAUUUGCUGGCUCAAGAAAGGGGGUGAUGGCUCGAGUAUAUGAAACUUUUGUUGUCCUCUUUCUUCUGACCCUCCUGAUUCUGGGGAUUGUCUGGGUGGCGUCUGCGAUCAUCGACAACGACGCAGCCAGCAGAGAGUCUCUAUACGAUCUGUGGGACUAUUAUCUUCCGUACCUGUACUCUUGCAUCUCUCUCUUUGGAGUCCUGCUUCUCCUCUUGUGCACUCCGUUUGGCUUGUCCCGAAUGUUCACCGUCACUGGGCAGCUGCUUGUAAAACCCAGGCUUCUGGAGGAUCUGGACGAACAGCUCAACUGCACACGAUUUGAAGAGGCUGCUGUAGUACACAAGUUAAAUGGCAAGUUGUCAUCCUGCUGGGUGUUCUUUAGUGUGGAAUCUCUCAAAACUCAGUUCCUGAGUAUUCAUGCCAGGAGGCUUAAAUUGGAGAUGAGAAGAAGAGCGUCUCCGUGGCAAAGGAAUCUGGGCUAUCCGUUGGCCAUGUUGCUGCUUCUGGCAUUAACUGGCAUCUCAGUCCUGCUGGUGGGCUUCCAUGUGUUUGAGUUACUCAUUGAUGAAACUGCCAUGCCCAAAGGAAUGCAGGAUCCUCCUCUGGGAAAAGACUCCCUCUCUAUGUUCGGUUCACUCGGAGCGGCUGUGGAAGUUGUCCUGAUUUUUUACUUGAUGGUGUCGUCAGUCGUCGGCUUUUACAGCUCUCCGCUUUUCAUCAAACUUGCCCCGAGGAAGCAGGACACCACCAUGACCAAGAUCAUAGGGAACUGUGUGUCGCUGCUCGUCCUAAGCUCGGCCCUGCCUGUGUUCUCCCGGACACUCGGAAUCACAAACUUUGACCUGUUGGGGAACUUUGGCAGGUUUGACUGGCUGGGAAACUUUUACAUCAUCUUCCUCUACAACAUGCUUUUCGCUGGCCUUACUGCAAUGUGCCUGGUCAAAAAAUUCACCAGGGCAAUCCAAGCCGAGCUUCUCCAUGCUUUUGGUUUGGACAGAUUGCCGCUCCCGGUCUCCCGAUCCAGCAUCUCUGCCCAGAUGGGCUCGCCGAACAGCAAGAGACUCUUGUAGCAUCGCUGGUGCUUGCGGCAGGCGAAAUGUGAAGGGACUGAACUGUCUUCAAACUAUACUGUGAAAGCUGCCGUCAACGUUUCGAGACCCCCAGUCCCGGGGGAAGGUAGCAUUGACUUUAAACUCAGGGUCAGGCACUUUUCAGCCCACUGGCUGCCCACUCAGCAACCUCUUUCCACCUGUGGCGAGCCUAAAUUUGUUUACAUCCGAUGAAGCUGGAAUCUCCUUUGCUGUUAUGAGACAGAACUAAUUCAGUCAUUGCAAACUAUUAUGCAAUGGAGUAAUCCAAAGUGGUUGAUAUUUCAGACAGUUAAAUGUUUACACUAUAUAUUGUGCAAUACGUUUUUUUUAAAUUGUGGAUUCAGUGUGUUUUAUUUAAAUGUAUUUUUGUCCUUGGAACUUUUUUAAAGUCCGUAUUGACUGCAAUCAUUCCAUUUCUGUUUUUAAAAUGACACUUGUCAAUUGGGCUGUCGGAAGGAUGGAAUCGGAAGAAUUUCCCUGUGUUGUGGGGUCGGUUGGAUCGGAGAGCAGGAAUAUUGUGUGGCUGAGUCUUAAGAGGGAUAACCGUCUUAAUUCUGACAAGAUGCUACUUGUGUUGAACCACACAAGCCUUGCGUCACACAGAGCCACGUAAUGGAGGCCGCGGUGAACAAAUAACUCGGGCGGCUAACCGCAACGAAGGAGGAUGGUUGGGCGAGGAUUUCUCAAGGGGUCUACAACAUUGUAAAUAGUUUUGGAAGAGUUUCUUGUGAUUUUAUUUGGGCUGGGGAGGUGGAUGGUUUUCAUUUAGGGGAGAAAAAAAACGAGCUUCUGCAAAAUUGCAAGCGUUCUAAUCUGCAGCGGUUACUGGCAAAUCCAAACCAGUUGCUUUAUUACUGGAGGUGUUGGGGUUACUGAUGAAGCAAUGCCUCUUGUAUCCUCACUUGGUCUUUGUAUUCCGUUGACUAACGGGCCUGUCCCACUUGCGUGAUUUUUUUUCCCGGCAACUUGCCGGCACCCGUCAUAGUCGCAGCAGGUCGGCGAUAAAUUUCAACAUGUUAAAAUCCAACGGCGACCAGAAAAAGGUACGACUCUUUGGGCCACAAUUCUCGUCCAUACAGGCCACUACUCCCGACAUGUCGCGGGGUGAUGCCUGUAUGGUCGUGAGUAGUCGCCCAAAGAGUCGUACCUAUUUCUGGUCGCCGCUGGAUUUUCAACAUGUUGGAAAUUUUUAGCCAACCUGCUGCGACUAUGACGGGUGCCGGCAAGUCGCCGAAAGAAAAGUUGCGUUAAAUCGCGUAAGUGGGACAUGCCCGUAAGGAGGGCUAGAAGCUAUAACAGUGCAUCCGUGAGCUUCACAUUCAGGGUGCCUCCCAAGCCAAGCCAGCACUACAACUACCACUUGUUUGAGAAGACACAAGCAUGAAACUGUAAUGAGUGUUCCCCGUUAAAGUCUGUGUUUCAGCCAGAAGUUGCAUUUCCUUUUGGCGAUUUGGACAAGACUAUGGGCGCUAUGGCACACUUACAAUACCCCUCUGACACGCAACAGUAGGUCUUUUGACAAAGUCCAUAUCAUGGUCACUUGUUACUGUGCAUGUGCCUCCCUUUUUUGGAAAAGUAAAAAUCUUUAUUUCCAAUUGGAUUGCCAAUAAAGAGACUCUGCGACAGACGCAGAAUGUUGGAGUAACUCAGCGGGACAGGCAGCAUCUCUGGAGAGAAGGAAUGGGUGACGUUUCAGGCAGAGACCCUUCAG